GUCAAAAGCUAGCUCAAAAAUGGUGAGACGCCCACUUACACCCAACAAGAACUGCAAUCCAACAGUGAAGAAGGGCGCUUGGAGUGCAGAAGAAGAUCAGAAGCUCGUUGCUUAUAUCAGGAGAUAUGGCAUUUGGAACUGGACUCACAUGCCCAAACCUGCUGGUUUGGCAAGAACUGGGAAAAGUUGUAGACUUCGGUGGAUGAACUAUUUGAGGCCUAACAUCAGGCAUGGAAACAUCGCCAAACAAGAGGAGGAUCUGAUCAUCGAGUUGCAUCGCCUUCUCGGGAAUAAAUGGGCGGCCAUAGCAGCUAGACUUCCCGGACGGACUGACAAUGAAAUAAAGAAUUAUUGGAACACCCGCUUAAAGAAACGCGUCGGCUAUGGUAACAAGUUGCAAAUUCCAACCGCAUGUCAUAUUAAAGUUAAGCCCUAUCCCAAUGACAGUUCAUCCCAUCAAAAUGCAUCUCUUCCCACUAUUGAUACUCCAAAAUUAGAUCCCCACGUUGUACCGCCAAAUGAAAUUCUGACAGUGAGUGCAAAUAGCUUCUACACCUCUUGUGGAGUUCACUGUGGUGACAAAGCCUCGCAGAAUAGCUGGUAUUCACCAUGCAGCGUAAUUGGAGAAGAAGAAAGCUCGUGGGAACAAAUUCUUGCGCUGAGAGAUUUUGAAAUUGUAGAGACUUUCUGUGGCACGUACAUGCAUUCGGGAGCUACAGACCCUGCCCUUGUGUGCAUGCAGCAGUAUCUCGUGUACCACAGCGAUUCCUGUGAAGAUUUCAGCAUGGAUUUAUGGGGAAAAUGACGAUUGCUGAGGGCACUUGUACGCAGAUGAAGAGGUGCCAUAUGAUUGCUGGUAGUUUCGUGUUAAGGGUGUGGUUCAUUCUAAGGAUGGUGUUUCAGAUUUAAUAAAUCUAGGAUGCAUCUUUAACUUCCAAAGAAUGUGAAAUAAUGUAACGAG